UUGCCAGGUUGGAGGGGCGGAGCCCCUGCCGGGCUGGGGUGGCGGUGGCGGUGGCGCGGUUGCUAUAGCAGCAGGGAGUCUGGCGCCAAGGCUUGGGGCAGUCUGGCUAGCAGCGGACUUAGACGGCCGAGUCCCCCGCUGGGGCGGCCGGGCAGCACCGUAGCCAUGAGUCUGGGAACGGCCUCGGAGACGGGAGAUGACAGUCUGUCUGCAAUCACCUUUGACUCUGACUUGGAGCCGAAGACAAAGCGGAAGGGUUUCCACAGACCUCCUCCCACAUCACCAAAGUCACCUUAUUUCUCCAAGUCAAAGAAAGUGGCAUCCUGGAAAUCUGUGAGGACCUCAGGGAACAUGCCUCUGAGCAGCAGGAUGUCCUUGACCCCGCAGAAGCUGUGGCUGGGAACACCAAAGCAAGGUCACGUCCCUGGGACUGCUGUCUACAGAGAGAAAGAAGACAUGUAUGAUGAGAUUAUUGAGUUGAAGAAGUCAUUACACACGCAGAAAAGUGAUGUGGAUCUAAUGAGAACAAAACUCCGCCGCAUGGAAGAGGAAAAUAACAGGAAGGACCGGCAGAUAGAACAGCUCUUGGAUCCAGGACGAGGCCCAGAUUUUGUUCGUACUCUGGCAGAGAAAAGGCCUGACACCGGUUGGGUCAUCAACGGGCUGAGACAGAGGAUCUUCCGGCUGGAGCAGCAGUGCAAGGAGAAGGACAGUACCAUCAACAAACUGCAGAUGGACAUGAAGACCACCAACCUGGAGGAGAUGAGGAUUGCCAUGGAGACCUACUACGAGGAGAUCCAUCGUCUCCAGACUCUCUUGGCAAGUUCUGAAACCGCAGGAAAGAAGCCUCUGGUGGAGAAGAAAGUGGGUGUGAAGAGGCAGAAGAAGAUGAGCAGUGCCCUCCUUAACCUGUCCCGGAGCGUUCAGGAGCUGACUGAAGAGAACCAGAGCUUGAAGGAGGACCUGGACCGUGUGCUCAGCAACUCCCCAACUAUCACCAGAGUGAAAGGUUAUGUGGACUGGAGCAAGCCCCGCCUACUGAGACGCAUUGCAGAGCUAGAAAAAAAACUGAAUUCGGUAGAGAGCUCAAAACCACAUGAUUCAGAGCUGGUCAAGUCAAAUCCCAAUGACACAGCACCCAAGCGCCUGGGAUGGAAUGGACAGGAGGAGCAAGAGCACCUUCGGGAGGCAGUGAAGAAUCUCAGGGGAGAGCGGAAGGAGCUACAGGCCCAGCUGCUGGAAAAAGAUAAGGAAGUGAGGCAGCUGCUGCAGGCCAAUGCCAAGUUGGAGGAGGAGCUGGAGAGUGCAAGGGAAGGUCAGAAGCAGCAGCAGGAACGAGAGCAGUCCCUAAAAGAGGAAAUCCAAACACUUAUCAGCAAGUGCCAAGAGCUGGAAAAAUCUAAGAAAGAAGAGAAAAAUGCAGGCACUUGUGCCUUACACUUGACACAUGAGGCCAGUGGAACACCCUACACGUCGCCUCCAGGCAGCACAGCCUCACAGCACAACACUGAUUCUGAGGAGGAAGGCACCUCCUGGCCUCCCGCCGGCACCGAUGGGAGGAGAGAGGCAGCUGCCAGGACCUUGCAGGCUCGGUGGAAGGCCCGGGCACACACGAAAAAAAAGGCUGCCAUGGAUGAGGUGGCCAUCAUGCUCCAGGCAGCUUUCAGGGGACAUCUAACACGAGCCAACCUGUUAUCAAGCAAAGCAUGUGGUCCAGAACCACCCAGCCAGCCAGGCUGCACGAACCAGAGUUCCCCCACGCCACAUGUCCUAAGCUCCAUUACCCAGCCUGAGAGCAGCCCAGAGCAGGAGGAGGCCAUCACCGUCAUCCAGUCUGUCCUCCGGGGACACCUGGCCAGGGCCAGGCACAGCACUUCCAGCAGCACCACUGGCACCGUGUCCAGGAGAGUGGCCACAGCCAUGCCACCCGAAACUUCCCCAUCCCACCUCGAAGCUUCUGCCGGUAAGGGGGACAGCGAAGCCAGUGAUGGGAUGGUUGCAGAGGAUGAGGCAGGGGAGCCGACGAGCCUGCAGUCCCACUCUGCAGAGCCCUGUCUCCCGGGGCUGCAGCCAACAGUGCCCCAGCCUGUGGAUGAUGUCUACUCUGACGACUCUGAUGACAUUGUCAUCGUGUCAUCUCUGCCCACAAAGAAGAACCCCUCCCCAUUCUAGGCCCCUAAUCAUUGUCUCCAAGUGAUGAUGGUCACCAGGGUGAAAGGACAAAGCAGCUCUAGAAGACAUGGUAACGAAAACUGGGACUCUAGUGUCUCUUUUUGGGGAAGAACCAUCCUAAACACCUUGGCUUUGCUUUGUUGUCGGUCCGAGGAUUCCUGGAAGCCUGUAUUUCAACCUUCAGGGGAGGCCACUCUUUCAUAUCACUCUCUUCAUCUCCAGUCCAUGUGGUGGCAACAAACACAUCUGCCAUGACCGAUGGGCACCCACAGAGCUCUACAAAGACACAUGCAUUCCAGCAGUACACCACUUUACCUGGGCCCCCUGAGGAGCUACUUUUGCAGGAGCCAGCAGAGCACCACCUGUCCUCACCCUGUAACACCAUGGCCAUGCAGGGCUGACCUCACCCACUGGCCUAGCAGAAGCACACUGUGUCCCCACAGCCACCCCUCCCAGGGAAGGGUCUGGUUCGAUUGGUCACUGGAGGGGUGGACACUGCAAAACCUGGGCAAUGACCACAGAAUAGCAGCACCCAGUUCCCUGGGCUUUAGCCUCUGGGCAUCCCAACCUUGAUGGGGAUGGGAGCCAGGCGAGGAGAUAGGCUGAAGUCUCAGGUAGGGCUGAGUUCCACUGUGGAGAUAGGGACAGCUAUCUACCCUUGAUGAGCAGAGGCCCCCGCAGAGGCCCCCACAGCACGUGCUGGCCCCUUCAGCAACAGCAUCUCCAGAUGAUGGUUGUGGAGCGCCUCUAAGGACGCCACAGCUUUGGCCUCUCUCCUGUCAUGAGAUGAGCCCCACAUAGCCAAGAUGAAAAGCUCCAGCUCAGCCUGGGUGUCAGGGGUGUCCAGGUGCAGGAGUAACCUAGGCAUCCUCUGUAGAAUCCCUGUGGAUAGCCUGCCUCAGCUCCAGCACUUGGGAUGCAGGAACUUCUCACCAAUAUCAGCCAUGUCUGAGGACAGAGCUCAUGUUAGAAAGCUCCUUCUGCAGUGUGCCCAGGGCUCUGUCCCUCAGGGAUAGUUAAAGUUUCCAGAGCACCUAUCCUGACAGCACCUUGAGCCUUUUCACCAUGCAGCCUUUGCUAUGCAGCUUGGGGUGGUCCAAGUUGGCACACAAGUUGCUGCCCAGCCCCUCUCUCCACCUAGCUCUGUGCCAGAUAGAAAAACUGCAGGACCCUGGCUGUUGAUAUUCUGUGUGCUCUGUGGGCCACCCCAUCCAUUUCCUGCUCCCCACCCAACUGAGUGCUUCUCAGCUGAUGGGGCCCUCUGUAGACCGCCUUCCUUUCACCCUUUGUGUCUCCUCCCUGGUGAGCCACACCAUCCUUCAGAGCUUCAGAGCCACCCACUAAAAUGCAAGAGGAUAACACAGGUGGCCCCUGUGGCUGCACAUUGGCCAGGGUAGGUCCUCGGUUCUAUGUCUCGGCUGCUAGCAGAAGUCAUUUCUGUGUUAUAGUUCACCCCUCAGAACCGCAGCUCUAGUUCUAUGUUAGGGGGUUGAGGGGAAAUAGGGUGGGGAACAUUCCCGCUUCAGGAGAAAAUACAGGGAACAAGGCAGGUCUUCAGCUUGGGCAGUAUCUGAUACUGAGGCCACCUGUGCACAUGACCUGCAGGGGCCUGACCAAUAGGUAGAGCUAAGGACAAGAUCCAGAUUGGGCCCCGGACUUGUGUUUUCCAAGAAAAUGCCCCCAAGCGUUGUAAAUAUGUAUAUAUUUCUGCCUGCCUUUUUUGGUGGGACAUUGCUAACCUAUUAAAAGCAAACAUUGUCUUGAAGCUACCUCAGUAAAUGACAGUUCACAACAGUGUCUUUAGCUGAUGUCCAGGGUUGGUUACUCAGGGCCCUCUGCUGGGACAGCUUGUCUGGCUGCUUUGUUGCAAAGUGACAGUGGCACAGAACCUGGUGGGCCAGGGUCUAGUGCAUGGAGAUGGGGGACUGGGGAUGCUUCAGCAGAAGGGCCCAGGAUGAACAUAAAUCUUAUCCCAUACUGUUGUUGCUCAAUAAAAUGGGCCCUUCUUCCUGUGUUUGGUCAGGAAGAUGCUCGUGCCCACACCAGGUCUGGCCCCAUGGAUGGGGUGUGGCCUUAAAAGGUGACAAGGCAGACUGAAAGGGGCAGAGACCUCAACCUCACAGGUUAAGUGCAAAAGCUGGCCCAGGUACGUGCAGCUGUGGUGGGGGUGUCAAGUGCCAUGUAUCACUCAAUCUGCCCUGAUUUUGCUGCAACACCUCCACAUCACCUUGAAUUUAAAGAACAGUAGCAAAACUUUACCCUCUUUAAUAGGUUGAUGCGUAGUCCAACUUUGUUGUUUUCAUGGUACCAGUGUUAAACCCAGGACCUUCAUAUUGAACUACAUCUCUAGCCUUUUUUUUUAAAUGAGACAAGAUCUCACUAAAUUGCUAAAUUAUCCAGGCUGGGCUUGCUAUCCUCUUGCCUCAGCCUCCCAGAGUGCUGGGAUUAUAGUUGUGUGCCACCACACUUGCCUCAUUCCAGGCCUUUUAAACAAGCACUAAGAGAUGUGAAAAUCUGCCAGCCCUGGCUUCACUGCAUGGCAGCAGCCACAGCUUUACUCCUCACACUGCCAGCAUGGAGACCUCUAGGAGAGGUGGUGGGCCCCUGGUGCCCCAACCCAGAUCCGUGCUCCAAGGAAGUCCUGACUGGAGUCCUCCAUGCAUGCCCCAAGUUGCUGAAGAGGUUGGUUGGCUGAGGACCUGCUCCUGCAGGUCCAGCACACUUCCCUGAGACAGGGACGGAACACACGCCACAGGCCCAGGAGCAGGAGGGACUGUUGGGUCUCUUCUGAGGAGGCUAGACGACUGCAGAGGUGUACCCAGGCAGGACUGUGACCCUCUGCAGCCAUUAGGAUGCAUUCAUCCACCAGCUGCAGCUGAGGAGGAAGUGCAGGGAGCAGGCUAGUAUAGCCAGGCAAGCCAGAAACACAAAGAAGCAGAAGCGAGGUGUGUGCAUGCGCGUGGGCCACAAACCCUGUGGCCGGUGUUUCCAAGUGAGCUCUUCAGCAAGUUCCUGUGUCGGGGUGAUCCCAGAAGGAUGUGUGCGUUGGGAGAGGGCUUGAAUGGUCUCCCUCAGAGAGGAGGGGCCAAAGGAAGCCACCAAGGCCACCAUCGCCCCAAGGCUCUAGAUAGGCAACCUGACCAUGAGAUUAGUAGGCAGGCCAGUUAGGGCUAAAUUCCCAGGGCCCAGUGCCUGGUGCUUGGACAAAGUAACUUGAUGUAUUAGGGACUUUUUGUAGGCUAGGUCGGCUAUGUUAGAGGGACUCUAGGUGAAUGACCCUGCCUCUUUGUGCUGGCUGGGCUCUGUCUGAUGAAUGUCUAUUUUUGUCUCCUGACAAGGGAAAUGAGGACUGUUCUCACAAUCCUUCGGAUGAACCAAAACCUCCCCUGCAAAAAGACCAGUGGCAUUUAUUAAAGACAGUCCAACCAGCACAGAUCUACCAAGAUCAGUACAGCAGAGCUUUGCUUUGCUUUAAAGCUAUAAAUACCUUCUGUGGAAAGCACUAUAACCUUUAAGAUCUAAAUAAAAUUUCCAUUAUAACCUGUCUAAA